AAUUUUAAUUUAUUCUCAACAUUUCACAAAAUUCAUUCCUCAAAUUGGCGUUAUUCAUAACUUGGUAUCAAUAGGACAAAUGCAGCAAACGUCAGAAAAGAAGAAGAAACGAGAGGGCGCCGCCAAGAAUCCGCAGGUUAGCGUCCGCCUGAACGUCCGUCCCCUCCGUGCAAACUGGAAGCCUGCGAAGAUUUACGAGCCGCCACCAGCCCCGCCGAGACAAAACCGCGUGGCAACUCCAGUCGAAGAUCAGCUUGACACAAGUGUCUGGAAAUCCAAGCACAUUCGUACGGAUGUUAUAAAAGCGGUCGUGGUCGAGAAGGAUCCCGGUUUGGUUGGAAAAUGUGAUUGUAAGAAUUGUGGACGGGCAGACGAUGCUCAGACGGUUUGUGAGCAAGGUGAAGAAGCUGCUAGGAAUGUGGUUUUGGAGGAGAAGAAGCACAAGAGAAGACAUCACAAAAGUCAAUCCAACAAAAAACGUCGUCAUCAUGGUGCACCGCGAGCCCGUUCAAUGACGUCACCGCCACCACCGCAUCCGCCGAACUCCUUCAUGUCUGCAGAGAAUCAGAAGUUGUGGUGUAAGCUCUACGAGCAAACAUGUCCACCGCCCGUAAAAGCGAUUGAUUUGAAGAAGCUCCGGAACCUGCCUGGUCAAAUCGGAAUGUCUGAGCUGGAGCCGGAGGGCGUCGAAGUUACACCGGAGAGCUUCCCAGACCUCCAAAUCAUGAAGCCGCCGCCCGUCUCGCCUCCAUCCAACAUUUCCGAGCAGAUCCAUCAUCAACCUCCACUUGUCCCCCAACCCGAAUCACGACCAGAUCCGAAUUUAAUCAUUUUACCGGCUCCAACUAAUGAUCUACCGCCGGCAAAAUCCCCGAUGCACCAUGUUAUCAAGCAAGACAAGGAUAUCCCAUCCCCUGGAGCAUCGUCUGGCUCCACUCAAGCCCCGGAACAUUCUGCUAUUCCAUCAAUUUCGAUGAUUCGAAAGAUGGAGCGCAUUUUCUACAGCUCGGAGUCCAGCUGUUGGUUGAUUGUGGUGCUGGUGAUGCUCACAAUCUUCGCGUACCGCUCUUCUAUGGAACAAUACACUUGCUAUUACGAUUGACUUGCUAUUACGAUAAGAGAUUAUGAUUAUAAAGAUUUCAUUAUUUGAAAAUUAA